AUGAAGAUGGUAGACAAGAUUGAAAUGAGCUUGGACGAUAUUAUCAAGCAAAAUAAAGGAGGAAGAUCGCGUGGCGCGGCUAGACGAGGCCGAGGAUCCGCCGGCAGUUUACGACGAAUUCCUCGUGGUUCACCAAGAGCUGGUGGUGGAGUUAUGCGAGGCCGUAACCGUGGAGGAAUUUCAAGAGCUGCUGCUUCUUACACACGAGGUGAUGUAAAUAGUGCCUGGAAACAUGAUAUGUUCGAGGGCGUCAAAAAAGUUGGCCGAGGUUCAAUCGGCAGCACAGGAACUACCAAACUUCUUGUCUCUAACCUUGAUUUUGGAGUAUCGGAUUCUGAUAUUCAGCGAAGAGCCGAUGCAAUCAAAGCUAUGAAGCAGUACAAUGGUGUACCUUUAGAUGGUCGUGAAAUGAAUAUUCAAGUUGCUACAUCUGAAUUACCUGUAACAACGUCUAUCCGUGGCUCAUCCAGACUUGCUGGAAAUACUUUUUCUCAGAGGCCAACGACGAAUCGAUUCAGAGGGGCACGUGGAGCUAGUGCACCAAGAGGUCGUGGUGGUCCAGGUGGAAGACGAGGAGGUAGUGGACGUGGAGGAAGUGCUAGAACACCAGCUAAAACUCCAACAGCCGAAGAAUUGGACGCUGAAUUGGAAGCUUACGUAAAAGAAGUCAAGUAG